AGAGCCUGGCUGGUUGCAGUGCAAGGAAGUGGGCGAGGCGAGCAAGCAGCAGAAAGCAGCACUUCUCCCUCUUUGCCUUUUUUACCCAUUGGAAGCCCAUAGAGAAGAAGCAGGAGAGCCUUUGCUCAUCCAGGAGAGCCAGGAAGGUUGUAGCUCCCGCUGUGGAAGAUGUCCAACAACGGGCUCGAAGCGGAAGACAAGCCGCCGGCUCCUCCGAUGAGGAACACCAGCACCAUGAUCGGCACCGGCGGCAAAGACGUGGGAACCUUGAAUCACGGCUCUAAACCGUUGCCUCCCAAUCCGGAAGAAAAGAAAAAGAGGGACCGCUUUUAUCGCUCCAUCCUUCCAGGAGACAAAACCAAUAAAAAGAAGGAGAAAGAGCGACCCGAGAUCUCCUUGCCGUCAGACUUUGAACACACCAUUCACGUUGGUUUUGAUGCGGUCACUGGAGAAUUUACGGGCAUGCCAGAGCAAUGGGCCCGCUUGCUGCAAACCUCCAAUAUCACCAAACUGGAACAGAAGAAGAACCCACAAGCUGUGCUGGAUGUUCUUGAAUUCUACAAUUCCAAGAAGACCUCCAACAGCCAGAAAUACAUGAGCUUCACUGAUAAAUCCAUCGAAGAUUAUAAUUCCUCCAACACAGUGAAUGUGAAGGCAGUGUCCGAAACUCCAGCUGUUCCCCCCGUUUCAGAAGACGAGGACGAUGAGGACGAGGCCACUCCACCCCCGGUCAUUGCUCCCCGCCCUGAGCACACCAAGUCCAUAUAUACCCGGUCAGUGAUCGAGCCCCUUCUGCCAGCCCCGACCCGAGACGUGGCCACCUCUCCGCUCCCGUCUCCAACAGAGAACAACACGACUCCCCCGGAUACGCUGACGAGGAAUGUCGAGAAACAGAAGAAGAAGCCCAAAAUGACUGACGAAGAGAUCUUGGAAAAAUUAAGAGGCAUCGUAAGUGUGGGAGAUCCCAAGAAGAAAUACACUAGUUUUGAGAAGAUUGGACAAGGUGCUUCAGGGACUGUUUAUACAGCCAUGGAUGUAGCUACAGGACAAGAGGUUGCCAUCAAGCAGAUGAACUUGCAGCAGCAGCCCAAGAAAGAGCUCAUCAUCAAUGAAAUUCUGGUCAUGAGGGAAAACAAGAACCCCAACAUUGUCAACUAUUUGGACAGUUACCUGGUGGGGGAUGAAUUGUGGGUCGUCAUGGAGUAUUUGGCAGGAGGCUCGUUGACGGACGUUGUGACGGAGACCUGCAUGGACGAAGGACAGAUUGCCGCUGUGUGUCGAGAGUGUCUUCAAGCUUUGGAAUUCCUCCACUCCAACCAGGUUAUCCACCGGGACAUCAAAAGCGACAACAUCCUUCUAGGGAUGGAUGGCUCAGUCAAGCUAACUGAUUUCGGCUUCUGUGCUCAGAUCACUCCGGAGCAGAGCAAGCGCAGCACCAUGGUGGGGACGCCGUAUUGGAUGGCUCCCGAGGUGGUGACAAGGAAGGCCUAUGGGCCCAAGGUGGACAUCUGGUCGCUGGGGAUCAUGGCCAUUGAAAUGAUCGAGGGGGAGCCGCCGUAUCUCAAUGAGAAUCCUUUGAGGGCUUUGUAUCUCAUUGCCACCAAUGGCACGCCUGAGUUGCAGAACCCCGAGAAGCUUUCACCUAUAUUUAGAGACUUCCUCAAUCGCUGCCUUGAGAUGGACGUGGAGAAGAGAGGGUCUGCUAAUGAACUCCUCCAGCACCAAUUCCUGAAGAUUGCCAAACCGCUGUCCAGCCUGACUCCGCUCAUCAUUGCAGCGAAAGAGGCAGCGAAGAACAACCAUUGAAGCGUCCCACGUGGCUGUCGUCAUCAUUGUGCCAAGCCUUCUUGUUUUUAUUUACCCCUCCCCUUAAAAAACAAAACAAAACAGUUUCAAAGGACUCGACUGUUAGGACUUUUACCAUGCUCAGAGGAAUUUUAAUCCAGAGGGGCAGAUCAGGAUCGUGAAAACAAAUGGUGUCGGAAUCUUAAAAAUGGACAUGCAGCGGGAACUGGCCUCCCCAUUUGAGAUGGGAGAGGAUAUGGACAUUUUCAAGGGCCGCCGCAAAGAGAACGCCUGAUCUCAGCCAGUACGUUUUUUAAUAUUUUGAUUUGAGAAGAAAUUGUGGGGAGGGAGGGGGGGGGGGAAAGGAGGGGAGAGGGGAUUCCUGGAGCCUUUUAGACAUGUUUUUGCUAAUGAGUUCUUACCGUCUGGGCUACAUGCGAGAGCCUUGUUCUUAAACUACUGAAAGACUGGCACAGCUUGGAUUACUUGAAAACUCGGAGAAACCUGGAAAGUUUCUUGCUCCGAACUUUCACAUGUUUGGACAUGUCUGCAUGCAACUGGAGAAGACGGUGAACACAGUUAAAAUCAAGAUCCCCAGCGUGUGCGGGAAGGAAGAUUAUAUCAACGGACUUUGGUCAUCAUCCCGCGUGUUCGAUUUUUUUGUAUGUGCGUGUGUGAAACAUACGGCGUGCUGAUUAAAUUCACAUGGCUGUUUCCAGCA